UGUCACUAUCUACGAACGUUCACUUCAAUCACUGGUUGACGGAGAUAAUAAUGGGUUGGUAAUGAGUUGGGGUGGAUUUGAGGGUUAAGGUUGUAAUAGGCUGGAUGAAUGACACGAUAGAAGGACGUUGGGCGAGGACGCAGCAAGAAGCAUGCAGGGGUCUCGUGAAGACGGCUUCAGUGGCCAGGGAGGAGCUGGAGAGAACGGGAACUUGGGGGAGUAGUCCAGUUAGUGGUGUCCUCCCGCAGCCGGAGAAGGUUGUGAGGGCUGACUCCCGCCAGGACCUGGAGGUGAGGAGUGGCCGGGGGAAUGGAGGACCUUGGACUUGAAGUGUGUAGCGGGGGUGUGGUCCGCGGCCAGGAUUGGCUCGCGACUCGCUCUUUUGCGCGCCCGUCACCGUUAUUGAUUGGUCCCGUUUUCUACCUCUUCGUCUGGGCGAGCGCGCUGGUUUGCCAAGACAAGGCACAGUUGUCAUUGUUGUGUCAGUAGCGUGGCCUGUGCAGCUUCCCAAUCACUUCCUAAGAUCAACAAUCAUGGUGUCACAGUGUACCAAUAUGUGGCAUCAGUGCCGCUAUUGGUUGCUUCACCAAGAAGUUUGGAGUGAUCUCAGGUUGGUGAGAGAGAGAGAGAGGGAGCAAGGGAAGAAAAUAUGGUGCGAGGUGCGCAGUGGAGGCUGCGCAGCGGCGGGCACGAGGUUACAAAGACCAGCGCCGCUCUGAAGAAGGUUUACUAAAGCAGAGAACUGCACCCCGGGAUCACCAUAGCACCCUCAGCCUCCGCCCAGUCAUGAAGCCUCCUGCUAUUAGACGGAUCAAAUGUGUGGGAUUACCGGAGAGGAAGGUGGGCGAGGAGGCCCUUCAGGAGCGGUCGUUGGCACCCCCCGCGACGGCCCUGGCACUCUGGCUCAAGCUUCGCGCCAUCUUCUCCCUCUUGGCGGUGGAGCCAGUCAUGCUCCUCGACGGCCUCGCCUACUCCGUCAUGAUCGUCUUCGUCGAAGACCUCCAGUUGGAUAAGAUCUGCCGCGUGAAUCUCAACUUCACAGCGGAGGUGUGUGCGAAUCUUUCCCGCCAUCAGGAGGAAAAUAUCCUGGUGCAGAAGUCUUUGAGUAUCUUCGGGAUGUAUAAUGGGAUCAUCAUGUCCUUCAUCCCCUUCUUUUUUAUCCUGUUUAUGGGUGCUUGGAGCGACAAGUACGGCAGGAAGGUGCCGCUCUACAUCGCUACCCUGGGGCACUUCUGCUGGGCAGGCGGGUACCUGCUCAACUCUUGGGUCGUGGAGUGGCCGGUCGAGUUCCUGCUUGUGGCCGCAUUGUUCGAUUCCCUUGGUGGCGGCACCGUCUCCUUCCUCACUGCUGCCAACGCUUACCUCAGCGACGUCACCUCCGAAGAGUCCAGAACCAUGCGGGUGGGUCUCGCCAACAGCAUCUGGUACCUGGGUGGACCCAUCGGUACCCUCGUUGGUUAUUACAUUAAGAACUUCGGAGGCUACCAGGCGCUCUUCGGCACUUCGCUGCUCAUGCACUGCGUCUCCCUCACCUACCUAUUCUUCCUGCCUGAGAGUCACGGGCCCUUCGUCAAGUCCAAGUCCUCGGAGAAGCAGGAGGAGCAGAGUGGCGCCAAGUCCUGCGUCACGAUAUCACUCAAGAGACCGAGUGAGGUGGCGGGGUCAACCACUAAGAUAUCCCUGUGGAAGAUGAUCAUUGAUUUCUUCAACUACGAGCGAAUAGUGGACUCGUUCCGCUGUACCUUCAAGGCUAGAGGAGGGCUCGUACGAGCCUUCAUCCUUCUCCUUAUCCUGUGUAAUCUACUUCGUCGACUCGGUCGUGGAGCCUACAUGUACCUGUUCACCCGCCGGGUGCUGGGGUGGAAGGCGACGGAAUACAGCAAGUGGGUGACCUACAAGAACCUCCUGGCAGCCAUUGGUGAGUCUCUG